AUGAGAUUUGACGAUCUAAGGUUGGCGUUGGCUAUAUUACUAUCUACCUCAAUACCGAGAAAUAUCUCUACGAAGGACUAUGUUGAACUAUUUACUCUAACAAUUGAAAGUCUUUCAAAAAGGAAAUACCCUUCACAGCUCGCUUCAGAACUCGACGACGAGAUUGCUAGAUUAGAAUUACUGAGGUUUAUGACUGGAGAUAGUACCGAUAGAGUAGAGACUAGUGCACCAAUACCAACAGAAUCCGCUAGGAACUUAAUGCAAUAUCUCCAGCUACUCAAUAGCAAACCAUGUAAUCUGGAAUCACAGAUUCACAUCACCACAAAUGUCUACAAAGCGCUAGCAGAUGUUUUAGUUUCCUACACCACCAAUGGAUCUCAAUUACGCAUUAUAAGUAUGCUCAUAAACAUGAUUAAAGGUGUAUAUCAAGAGACAAUCACACAAUUGAUGAAAGUUACUGAUGAUAAUACACUAAUGUCACUCCCAUUUGGUAGCACUUUCUCUUCUACAGUUAUACACUCAUUGAUUAAGUUGCUGACAUCCUCUAAUUCCGUUAGACAACUUCAAUUAGAAAUCAUCGACGCAAUUUUGGAUUUAAUCAAUAACCACAAUGAGCAGCUUGCAAUGGAUAUUUCUUUAGAAUUGAUAAAUCAACUUCACGAUCAAAUACAAGAUAGAAAAGUAACACCUGGGUGUCUCAUUUCACUUAUUGCUUUACUUUCAGUAUCUAUUUCCAAAACAAACCCAACACACAAUAAUUUAUCGGCAAUUCUUAUGCAUUUGGCUCCUCUCUCGGGUUCUAAAUCACAAAAUCUAUCUGACAUACCAGCUAAACACUCAAUUGAUGGGACAUUUGAACGCGUUUGGCGCAGACUAAAUAAUUUGUAG